AGCUUUAGCUCGCUCUGUCCGCCUCUUCUCUCCCGGCUCUCCCGAGCAACUUUGCGGCUGGCCUGGAGGCCCGAGAGCAUCGCGGCGCCGCGUGAGGCCCACUCGAGGCCGGCAGAAUGGACUCUAGCACCCCUCCUCUGAGCCCCUCUGGCCCACAGCUGCCACCAGCACCACAGCCCCAAGUCCGUGCCCGGCUUAACGCCACUGCCUCAGUGGAACAGGAGAGCAGCAAAGUACCCCAAGCUACAGGACCCCAGGCUGGCCCUGGCCCUGGACCAGGUGCUGGAGAAGCAGCUGGCCUGUCCGAGCCCCGGGCCUCUCGUUCCAGGAGCCGAGAGGGAGGAGACCGAACUGGGCCUGUGAAGGGAGAUGCGGAAAUCCCCUUUGAAGAAGUCCUGGAGAAGGCCAAGGCUGGGGACCCGAAGGCACAGACGGAGGUGGGAAAACACUACCUGCGACUGGCCAGCGAUGCAGAUGAAGAACUCAACAGCUGCACUGCUGUGGACUGGCUGAUCCUGGCAGCCAAGCAGGGCCGGCGGGAGGCUGUGAAGCUGCUUCGUAGGUGCCUGGCAGACAGGAAAGGCAUCACUUUUGAGAACGAGGCAGAGGUGAAGCAGCUGUCCUCUGAGACUGACCUUGAAAGGGCUGUGCGCAAGGCUGCCCUGGUCAUGUACUGGAAGCUCAACCCCAAGAAGAAGAAGCAGGUGGCCGUGUCAGAGCUGCUGGAGAAUGUCGGUCAGGUCAACGAGCAAGACGGAGGAGCACAGCCAGGCCCCAUCCCCAAGUUCUUGCAGAAGCAGAGGCGGAUGCUGGAACGCCUGGUCAGCAGCGAGUCCAAGAACUACAUCGCACUGGACGACUUCGUUGAGAUCACCAAAAAGUAUGCCAAGGGAAUCAUCCCCACCAACCUGUUCCUGCAGGAUGACGAUGAUGACGAGCUGGCUGGGAAGAGCCCUGAGGACCUGCCACUGCGCCAGAAGGUGGUGAAGUACCCCUUGCACGCCAUCAUGGAGAUCAAAGAGUACCUGAUCGACAUGGCCUCCAAGGCGGGCAUGCACUGGCUGUCCACCAUUGUGCCCACCCACCACAUCAAUGCCCUCAUCUUCUUCUUCAUCAUCAGCAACCUGACCAUCGACUUCUUCGCCUUCUUCAUCCCCCUGGUUGUCUUCUACCUGUCCUUCGUGUCCAUGGUGAUCUGCACCCUCAAGGUGUUCCAGGACAGCAAGGCCUGGGAGAACUUCCGCACCCUCACCGACCUGCUGCUGCGCUUCGAGCCCAACCUGGACGUGGAGCAAGCUGAGGUCAACUUCGGCUGGAACCACCUAGAGCCCUACGCCCACUUCCUGCUCUCUGUCGUCUUCGUCAUCUUCUCUUUCCCCCUGGCCAGCAAAGACUGCAUCCCCUGUUCGGAGCUGGCCAUCAUCGCCAUUUUCUUCACAGUGACCAGUUACAUGAGCCUGAGCAGCUCAGCUGAACCCUACACCAGGAGAGCCCUUGUCACCGAGGUGGCCGCUGGACUGCUAUCCCUCCUGCCCUCUAUACCCAUUGAUGGGCCCUUCCUGAAAGCGCUGGGCCAGACCUUCUUCACUGUGCCCAUCGGUCACUUCAUCAUCCUCAACGUCAGCCUCCCCUGCCUGCUCUACGUCUACCUCCUCUAUCUCUUCUUCCGCAUGGCCCAGCUGAGGGACUUCAAGGGCACCUACUGCUACCUGGUGCCUUACUUGGUCUGCUUCAUGUGGUGCGAGCUGUCUGUGGUCAUCCUGCUCGAGUCCACCGGCCUGGGCCUGGUCCGUGCCUCCAUCGGCUACUUCCUCUUCCUCUUUGCUCUCCCCAUCCUGGUGGCUGGCCUCGUCCUCAUGGGCGUGGUACAGUUUGCCCGGUGGUUUGUGUCCCUGGACCUUACCAAGAUCCUGGUCACCACGGCCAUCUGCAGCGUGCCCCUGCUAUUCCGCUGGUGGACCAAGGCCAGCUUCUCUGUGAUAGAGAUGGUGAAAUCCCUGACACGCAGCUCCGUGGUCAAGCUCAUCCUGGUGUGGCUCACAGCCAUCCUGCUUUUCUGCUGGUUCUACGUGUACCGCUCAGAGGGCAUAAAGGUCUACAACUCCACGCUCACCUGGCAGCAGUACAGCUUCCUGUGCGGGCCUCGGGCCUGGAAGGAGACCAACAUGGCGCGCACACAGAUCUUGUGCAGCCACCUGGAGGGCCACAGGGUGACAUGGACGGGCCGCUUCAAGUAUGUCCGGGUGACAGAGAUCGACAACAGCGCAGAGUCAGCCAUCAACAUGCUGCCGUUCUUCGUGGGUGACUGGAUGCGCUGCCUGUAUGGUGAGGCCUACCCGUCCUGCAGCCCUGGUGACAUGGCCACGGCCGAGGAGGAGCUGUGCCGGCUCAAGCAACUGGCCAAGCACCCCUGCCACAUCAAGAAGUUUGACCGCUACAAGUUUGAGAUCACGGUGGGCGUGCUGUACAGCAGCAACCCCAACGGCACCCGAGGCCACGAAGAGGACGACAUCACCAAAGACAUCGUGCUGCGGGCCAGCAGUGAGUUCAAGGGUGUGCUGCUCAGCCUGCGCCAGGGCAGCCUCAUCGAGUUCAGCACCAUCCUCGAGGGCCGCCUGGGCAGCAAGUGGCCCGUCUUUGAGCUCAAGGCCAUAAGAUGCCUGAACUGCAUGGCGCAGCUCUCCCCAGCCAGGCGGCACGUGAAGAUCGAGCAGGACUGGCGGAGCACGGUGCACGAUGCUCUCAAGUUCGCCUUCAACUUCUUCUUCUUCCCCUUCCUGUCAGCCGCGUGAGGAGCGCCUGCCACCAGAGGAGGCUUCAGUGCAUGUCGCUGUGAGGCCUCCCCGUGUGCUGAGCGUGUGCUCCAUGUGCUUACGUGGGCAGAUUCAAGGCACAGAGACUUGCUGCUUGUGUAAGUGGCCCAGGCCCUGCUGAGGGCAGGUGGGGCGCUGCUCCUUAGCUCUGUCCACUUGGAAUGCCAGGCGGCACAGGAAAUUGCAUGCUGUCUUCACCCACAGUCCCUCCUUUCCUGGUGACACUGGGAGAUUCCCAUGCCCCAAAUAGCACUUUAUAGAUGGACCCUCCCCUCCCCCACCUCCAUGU